AUGGCAGCUAAAAUAUGUUUCAAUGAGGCUUUGUACGAUGAAUCAAAGCUCAAGAAUUGUGAUACAACAACAUCACAUUCUAGACAGGCACAGGAAAGAAUUCAAGAGUUCAAUAGAUUAAAACGAGCCAGACAACUUCUUGAUGCUAUUUCUCUUACAAAUGAAUUACUUGCAGAUGGUUCAAAUGUAGAAAUAUUGAGUCUUGCUAAUACAAUAAUAAAAAGAUUUAAAGUCUUGGGUAUAUCUAACAUAUCAUUAGAAAAUUCCAGUCAAAAUACAAGGACAUCUAUAUUCAAACCUCUUCAUACUGGUAUUUAUCACUGUUGUACUUUCUGUUCAAGUGGGGGUAAGAAAGAAGCCACUUGUGGCUGUGGAGGAAUUAUACCUGGUGGAUAUAAAGGUUGUGGCCAUGGUCAUAUUGGACAUCCUGGGGUAUAUCAUUGGUCUUGCUGUGGAUCAAUCUUACGUUAUGGAUGUUGCCUCUCUUUUAAAAAAAGUAUACAUCAACUGCUGUUUUAAUGGUAGUGGUUUGAAAUAAAUUUUAUUUUUUCAUGAA